AUGGACUUCAGAAAGAUCGAAAGAAGUGCGGAGCAGAUUUUAUCAGAUGAUUUGAGUUACUGGCGUUUGGCGUCUGUGGCUGAAGUGAGAGACAAUAUGGAUAGGAUUAAGAAAGAGCGAAUCUUAGAUUCGUGGGAUAUUGCACGCCUUUUGGAUGGAUGGGUGGAUGGCCCCGGCUACAGAUAUACUAUUGAGAAUGAGUACAAACCCAACAUGGGACACAUGCUGCUAGUUAGAACAAAAACACCAAGAGCAUCGGAUGGUAAAUUCAUUGAAGAAAUGUACUCUGGAGUGGAGUUGAACAGUAAGGGAAGAAAAGCCGCUCUAUUGCUCUCCUGCGACGAUAAAAUUACUGAAGUCAUGUGCUUCGUUUUAAUGAGUACCAUAGAUAGAUUUGUGGAGACGGGGGAGCGUCAAUCAGAGUUAGAUCGUUUGACAGAAAGUCUGAAGCAGACUUUCUAUCACCGUAGAACGGUAUUGCACUACGCUGCCGACCAGCCACACAAUGGAGAACAUGCACGGUGCGUUGCAGAUUUGAUUCUAAGCAACUUUGAAUAUGGAAGAGAGUUGAUAAAAGCUGGGGAUAAAUACGGAAGGACUUCUCUUCACUAUGCAGCUCAUCAUGGGCACAUCGGCCUCUUCCAUUUUCUAAUUGUCAAUUGCGGAUUGGAUGCUGAUGAAAAGGAUCGAAAUGGUGAAAAUAUACUGCAUCUUGCCGUAAAUAGCAAUAAGAUAGAAGUAGUGAACCUAUUAUUGACGAUAAUGGAUGGCUUGAAGAAUCUAGUUGCUUCUCAGGACGCCAAAUGUAAGACCCCGUUGCAUAAAGCGGCGGCUAACGGUAAUACACAUAUCAUAUGCAUUCUCCUGCAAUGCAUGAAUGAACUAGGCAAGAGUGGACUUUUUCGUCAGGCUGAUUUGUUUGGGCAAACGGCACUUCUCGAAGCAGCAAGGGGAGGUCACAAAGGAGCCUUUCGGAACCUAUUGCAAAUUGGAUCGAAGCCUCUUGCUGAACGCAACUCUGAAGGUAAAACUGCACAACACUAUUGUGUGCAGCUCAAAGAUGAAGAUGCGGCCACUGACAUGGUUUCGAUGCUGCUGGAUCAUUGCCUGCCUGAAGAAAGAUUGCUUCUGCUGUCGGCGUCGGCUACUGGCAUUGGUACAGCUGAACAAUGUGCUGAAUCCGCAUAUGUACAAAGUUUUCUCAAGCAGCAAAGAGAAAGUGAAGUCACAGCGGGAAGCUCAAGGGACUUGUUACUCAGCGCUGUUACGCUGGGAUAUGACAAAAUGGCAUGGGAACUUAUCAAUAGAGGUGCCAAUACUAGUCAAUUACACAACUACAACUUCUCUAACAGCGAAGUGUCAGAUGCUCGUCAACAGCGCAUCAAGAAGUUUCUUCAGCGUGUAGAGAAAAUGCCGGAAGGAGGCCGAGAUCAACCAACUGUCCACGAUAGUCUAGGAAGAAGGGCUUUUGCAGAAGGACUGGCUGCACUUUUUCUAAACCCACACGUUAAAUCACCCGCGACGGUGGGCAUCUCGGGUGACUGGGGAAUGGGCAAGUCCAGCUUAAUGUUGCAGACGGAAAUGCUUUUGCUGCAAGCAGCAGCUCAGCUAACGUUUCCAGAUAUUCUACCAAUUGAAGAGUUUCCAGGGUCCAAACAGUUCGAGCUAACUCAGAAAGGUCGAAAAAAAUACAAGAAAGUUAAAAAAGGAGUGAAAGAAUUAUUGCCAGCCUCUGAAAUAGCCAAUAUUGAUGAGGAUCCAUUGGUGUAUUUUCUCGACAACUAUCAAGACAAGUACCCUCAAGUGUAUAAAUCAUUAGCGCUCAUGGACCGCGGUGAGCUGUUUCGUUUGAAGGAUGAAACAUCAGAUUCAAGUAGCAGUCUGGCCUCAAUGUUUGCUAUGUCUAAGCUUCGUUUGAAGGGUAAGACAUCAGAUUCAAGUACCAGCCUGGGCAAGAUUCCUACUAUCCUGACAGUUCGCUAUAACGCGUGGUAUUACCAAAAUGAGUCAGAAGCACUGGCAGGCUUGGCUAUUACAAUAUCAAAGGCCAUGGAAGAAACGAUGACUAAAUCCCAGAGAAUAAGGUCUUGCUGGAGAUACACAUUGAAGGAAAGAGGAGGCGAAAUAGGCUUCCAAUUUCUUUUACCGUGCAUCCUGGCCCUGUUUCUUUCAGGUUGGCUUACUUGGGCGUUUUGGAUGUUGUUAAGCAGAUUGAAGCACAGCGAGCUGCAGGACUUAAAAUACGGAUCCAUUCCUGUGACUAUAGUUGUUGUUUUUUGGACCGUAAUGAGACAACUUUAUUCUGUUUUCAAACCUGUUAGUGUUCAAAUAAUGGGAUAUGUUAGCCUACCUGACCACAGCAAAAAUCUUGGUUAUCAGCAUCAAGUGAUAUCUGAUAUCAACUUUUUAAAACAACAAAUUCGGCAGAAACCGUCUUUGUUCUGGAAAUUUCUUGCUGGUAAUUGGUUAUGGAGAAUGUGUGGGCUCUAUCUUGACACUAUUGAAGGUACAUCCAUUCCGAAAACACCCCCGCCUUCCAAAGAUGAUAUCCGCAUUAUUGUCUUCGUUGACGACUUGGAUAGGUGCGAAGACACCGUUAUUUUACAGGUGCUUUCUGCAGUUAAUUUGGUCUUGGCAGUUUGUGAGAUUAAUGUGAUUCUUGGAAUGGACAAGAAAAUGAUCGCAAGAGCAAUAGCACAUAAAUAUCAACAUCAAUACCAAGACAAUGCUAAUUUAAAAAUAAAUCCAGUAGACUUGGCUGAUAAAUACUUAAGCAAAAUAGUUCAGCUGCCAUUGGCCUUACCAGAUUCGGGCAACGAGGAAAGGAUAGAGUUUCUAAAUCAGCAGUUGGGAGAGGAGUUCAUGGAAAGUGGUGACGACGGAACAGAGGAGAGCUCACAACAUUCAGAAGAUGCUCAGUCAAGUAAUACACAAAUUAUUCAGAACGGACGGCCAGAGCGUUUAUCAGGUUCCCAAAUUACAAUAUAUUUGUUAUAUGCAAGGCAUUCAAUUUUAAUUGCUUUACUUGAUAAAAAGAAAAAAAUUCUGAUUGAUGCAGAAGCUCAAUCUAGAGAUGAAGAAAACCGUCUAAGAAAUCCUCCAGAAAGCGGCCUAGAGAUCAAGUCAAUAAUUUCCCAAUUACUCGACCGUUUGAGAGCAUUGAGUAAGCUUUGCAAAUGGAUAUUUUCAGAUGCUCAAUCCAGAGAUGAAGACCCUGAAGAAAACCGUCAACAAAACACUCCAGCAAGCGGCCUAGAGAUCCAGUCAAUCAUUUCCCAAUUACUCGACCGUUUGAGAGCAUUGAGGAGUAAGCUUUGCAAAUGGACAUUUUCAGGCCCUGAUGAAAGAAGCUCGAAACUGAAAAGCAUGCCAAUAAAUAGCCAGUUGAUUCUGCCAAGUUACAGCGAUGAAGAGAGGAAAGCAAUGGUUUUCUUGAGCACACAAGCAAGCGAUGGCCCACAACUUCCUCGUGAAUGGAAAAGAUUCCUCACAUAUCAUCGUCUAGCGUGGAAUGUCCUUUUCCGAUUCAAACAAGUGAAACACUUGCGAGGAUGGCAGGUCCAACUUCUUGUAUGGAUAUUCUGUUGUUGGCAAUGGAAAGACAAUAUGAACCGUAUUAUAGAGAACUGGAAGGAGCUUGUGUCUAUAGAGGGCGGCACUGUAAAUGAUGAUGACCCCUCACUCAAAAUUAUUGUUGAGCAUUGUCUUGACAGAAAAGUAGAAGACGAGGGGAAGGACAAGUGGCGGUUAAUGAUUAAGACUUUGGACGAAUACGAUGUUUCCUUGAAGAGCAUUCAAUCUUUUCAAAAGUUUCGUCUACAUUGUGAGAUUGGAUAUCUUCCUCCGCCUCCUGCAAAUGCCACAGAGCCAAUGAGGAGUAACUCCGUCCGGGAACAUCCCUCACUAGGCUCUAAUUUGUCGCCAAGGUAGAGGGAAAUAAGAGUUGAUGGAGACAUGCAACA